CUCAAAGGCAACUUUUUUUCUCUUUUUACCGCCAUCAUGCCACGAUCCUCGUUCAGUAAUGUAGCACGAUCAUGUGUGGGUAACCGACUCUGGUUAACUUCCUUCUUGGGGACACGCCAACCAGAAUAAAUAUCCUGCCUUCCUCCUCUCAUUGUUCUCAUGUCUCCUACCACUACAAUGUCCAACGAGAAAUUCGUCGAGCCUGCGCUUAUUGCUAGACGCAUCGCCGAGCAGCAUGGCGUUGAUCUCUCCAAGUUGCCAAAGAUCUUGGAUAUGUCAGCCGACUCCAUAACGCCAAACGUCCAUGCGAUCAACGCGAACUGUCCUGACGAAAGGCUGAAAUUUAUUUUCAAGAACAUGGUCGAUCACCUUCACGAUUUUGUACGGGAAACCGCCAUCACCACGGAGGAAUGGUUGACCGCGAUAGCAUUCCUAACUGCGACAGGAAAGAUGUGUUCAGACAUACGCCAAGAGUUCAUCCUAUUCUCUGACAUUGUUGGUGUCUCUACGCUCGUUGACACACUGAACAACAUCAAACCUCCGAAUGCAACUGAAACCACCGUCUUGGGGCCUUUCCACACUGAAGACGCGAAAGACUUGGAAAAUGGCGCCACCAUCGCAUCGGAGGGCAAGGGCGACUACAUGUUCGUUACCGGGAAAGUGCUGGACGUCAAAGGAAAUCCGAUUGCAGGAGCCGUCAUAGAGACCUGGGAGACCGACGAGACGGGUCUGUAUGAUACUCAAUACACCAAUCGUGAUGGACCCGACUGCAGAGGAAAGGUUACCAGCGCCGCCGACGGAACCUACUCUUUCCGAGCGGUCAUACCUGUUCCAUACGCAAUCCCCAGUGACGGCCCCGUUGGCAAACUCAUUGAAACGUUGGGCAGACACGUCUUCCGCCCGGCCCAUCUGCAUUUCCAGAUUGAAGCUCCUGGGUACGAGAAGCUAAUCACGUCGCUUUAUUUUAAAGGCGAUCCAUAUAUUACGAGUGAUGCGGUGUUCGGUGUCAGAACUUCUCUCAUUGUUGAAACGGAGACGAUCAACGAUACGUCGUUGACGUUGGCUCGUGGCUUCGAACGGGCUGAACCUCAUGCGGAAUUGAAACGAGAUUUCAUUUUGGCGACUCCAGAGGAAUGCGCGGAGGCGAGGAAGAAGGUGAUCCCUGCUCUGGCGCAAGAAGCUGCGGUCGCAUAGGAAGAAUGCAACAAACCUCUACUUUUACUUGUGUUGCGGGAAGAUCUCCAAAUGUUAUUAUUGCUAUGCUUGUGAACCA